AUGGCUCUUCGGACCACAUUGCUCCUCUUGGCUACGGGGGCAGCAGCCCACAACGGCACCUGCCCCAGCAGCAAGACGUGCGGGGCCGAUGCUGGCAGUGAGGCCGGCCUCCCCUGUUGCCAGACCUCUUCCACGUCCUUCGAGUGCUGCUCAAGUUCCGAAGCUUGCAUCCCCAAGGUGGGAUGCCGCUGUGCGGGAGAAGAGAACUUGCGCGAGUACCAGGGCUAUAGCUUCGAGGACUACCAGCAGGAGUUUUCCAAGUCCUACUCCGCGGGUGAGCUGGAAAGCAGGAAGGCCAUCUUUGAGGCGAACCUGCGAAAGGUCCAAGCGCACAACGCCGAGUACAGGCAGGGGCGGCACACUUGGUUCAUGGCCAUGAACGAGCUCGCGGACCUGUCAGAGGAGGAGUUCGGCAGCAAGCGCGCCACCAAGCUCGGCCCUGCUGAUGGCCGGCCGAUGCUCCAGCUCGAUGCCGAGGACCGCAAGCCCAACCCGACAGCCAUGGACUGGCGCAGCAAGGGCGUCGUCACGCCGGUGAAGGAUCAAGGGGGUUGUGGCUCUUGCUGGGCAUUCUCGGCCACUGAGACGGUGGAGUCCCACUAUGCGAUCGCAUCCGGCAAGCUGCUGACACUGUCGCCGCAGACCUAUGUGGACUGCGUGCAGAACCCUCAUGAAUGCGGAGGAACUGGAGGCUGCGAGGGUGCGACUAUGGAGCUCGCCUUCAACUUGACCAUCUCCAAGGGCAUUGCUCUUGAGAGUGCAGUGCCAUACCUCGGCCGCGAUGAGUCCUGCCCGAGCUACAAGGCUGCCGUCAAGGCCAAGAGCUACGUCAGGCUUCCGAUCAACGACGCGUCUGCGCUGGAGACCGCUCUGGCCACGAAGGGCCCCAUGUCCGUGACGGUUGCUGCCGACUCCUGGCAGCUGUAUGGUGGCGGCAUCUUCCAGGGCUGCAGCCAAGGGUCUUCCAACACCCUGGACCACGGCGUGCAGGCGGUCGGAUAUGCCAAGGACUACUGGCUGGUGAGGAUAUGA